UCCAGGGACCUGUUGUUAAGGCGAGCUUGGCUGCUGUGUCUUCCCAACUCAGGACUCGGCUUUGACAGGCCCGAGGCAGGGUUGGGAUACUGGUGAGCCCCUACCUCUCAGAGCUUUCUAGUCCUGGGUAGGACCUGCAGUUUCCCAGGGGAGACCCGGACCCGGAGUGAGGGUGAGGUAGGCCGUGAACUUUCCCAUUGAGAGCUGCAGGUCCUGGUGUCCUUGGCGAGGCUUGGAUUUGAAACUGGAGGGGUUCAGGAGGGGGCACAAGCAUGGAGCAACUUCGGGGUCUACUGCAGAGAGCGCAACGGUGGUCCCCUACGCCCUCUCAGACCAUCUACAGACGUGUGGAAGGCCCUCAUCUGGGCCACCUGGAGGAGGAAGACAGGGAGGAAGGGGCUGAGCUGCCUACCCAGUUCUGCCCCAUGGAACUCAAAGGCCCUGAGCCCUUAGAUUCCAGCCUAGGGAGGACAGUCCUCAUCCCCUGGGCUGCAGUGGGUCGAAAGGCCGCCCCCUAUCUGGUCCUGACCACCCUGCUGAUCUUCACUGGGGCCUUCCUCCUGGGCUACGUCGUCUUCCGAGGGUCCUGCCAGGCAUGCGGGGACAGCGUGUUGGUGGUCAGUGAGGAUGCCAACUCCGAGCUAGGCCUCGACUCCCGCCAGGGCACGUUGUACUGGAGUGACCUCCAAGCCAUGUUUCUUCGGUUCCUUGGGGAGGGGCGGCUGGAGGACACCAUCAGGUUGACCAGCCUCCGGGAACGCGUGGCCGGCUCAGCCAAGAUGGCCACCCUGGUCCAAGACAUCCUCGAAACGCUCUCGCGCCAGAAGCUGGACCACGUGUGGACUGACACACACUAUGUGGGCCUUCAGUUCCCGGACCUGACUCGCCCUAACACCCUGCACUGGGUGGAUGCAGCUGGGAGCGCCCAGGAGCAGCUACCGCUGGAGGAUCCGGAAGUCUACUGUCCCUACAGUGCCACGGGGAACGCCACGGGCAAGCUGGUGUAUGCACACUACGGGCGGCCGGAGGACCUGCAGGACCUGAAAGCCAAGGGCGUGGAGCUGGCUGGCAGCCUCCUGCUUGUGCGAGCUGGGAUUACCAGUUUCGCCCAGAAGGUAGCUGUUGCCCAGGACUUUGGGGCCCAAGGAGUGCUAAUAUACCCCGACCCAGCAGACUUCUCCCAGGACCCUCACAAGCCAGGCCUGUCCAGCCACCAGGCCGUGUAUGGACAUGUGCACCUGGGAACUGGAGACCCCUACACGCCUGGCUUCCCUUCCUUCAAUCAAACCCAGUUCCCUCCGGUAGAGUCUUCGGGCCUUCCCAGCAUCCCUGCCCAACCCAUCAGCGCAGACGUUGCUGAUCACUUGCUCAGGAAGCUCAAGGGCCCUGUGGCUCCCCAGGAAUGGAGAGGACACCUCUCAGGCUCAUCUUAUCGGCUGGGACCUGGGCCGAGCCUACGCCUUGUGGUCAACAACCACAGAGCUUCUACUCCCAUCAGUAACAUCUUUGCCUGCAUCGAGGGCUUCGCAGAGCCAGAUCACUACGUUGUUAUCGGGGCCCAGAGGGAUUCGUGGGGCCCAGGAGCAGCGCAGUCUGCAGUGGGGACUGCCAUCCUGCAGGAGCUGGUUCGGACCUUUUCCUCCAUGGUCAGCAACGGGUUCAGACCUCGAAGAAGUCUUUUGUUCAUCAGUUGGGAUGGAGGUGACUUUGGCAGCGUGGGAUCCAUGGAAUGGUUGGAGGGCUACCUCAGCGUGCUACACCUCAAAGCUGUAGUGUAUGUGAGCCUGGACAACUCAGUGUUGGGAGAUGGCAAAUUCCACGCUAAGACCAGCCCCCUUCUCAUCAGCCUCAUUGAAAAUAUCCUGAAGCAGGUAGAUUCCCCUAACCACAGCGGACAGACGCUCUAUGAACAACUGGUGUUCACCAAUCCCAGCUGGGAUGCUGAAGUGAUUCGGCCCCUGCCGAUGGACAGCAGUGCGUAUUCCUUCACGGCUUUUGCGGGGGUCCCAGCUGUGGAGUUCUCCUUCGUAGAGGAUGAUCGGGUGUACCCAUUCCUGCACACCAAGGAGGACACGUACGAGAAUCUGCACAAGAUGCUGCGAGGUCGCCUGCCCGCCGUAGCGCAAGCAGUGGCUCAGCUCACCGGCCAGCUCCUCAUCCGACUGAGCCAUGAUCACCUGCUGCCACUCGACUUCGGCCGCUAUGGGGACGUGGUCCUGGGACACAUCGGCAACCUUAAUGAGUUCUCUGGGGACCUCAAGGCCCGCGGGCUAACCCUGCAGUGGGUAUACUCUGCGAGGGGGGACUACAUCCGGGCGGCGGAGAAGUUGCGGAAGGAGAUUUACAGCUCGGAGCAGAGCGACGAGCGUCUGAUGCGCAUGUACAACGUGCGCAUCAUGAGGGUGGAGUUCUACUUCCUGUCCCAGUAUGUGUCUCCGGCGGACUCCCCAUUUCGUCACAUCUUCCUGGGCCAAGGCGACCACACUUUGGGUGCUCUGCUGGAUCACCUGCGGAUGCUGCGCUCCAAUAGUUCUGGAGCCACCUCUUCCGGUCUGGCACCAGGUCUGGGCUUCCAGGAGAGCCGCUUCCGGCGCCAGUUGGCGCUGCUCACAUGGACGCUGCAGGGGGCAGCCAACGCGCUCAGUGGCGACGUCUGGAACAUCGACAAUAACUUUUGAGACAAGAAGACCUCCCUGAGUCCCACGUGAUUCUCCUGUCUCCCUAUUUGGGUGGUGCAGGUGAAUGGAGGUGCCCUAUGCACUUCUAAUUGCAAGCUAUCAGCCUUGACAACAAACACCCUUGGUCCUGCAGUGUAGGUGAGCCAUGUUUUCUCGGUGUGACCGUCGUAC